AUUUUAUGACAGUCGUUGCUUAACACUCGAAUAGAAUAGUGGCUUCAAUUAAAUUUCAAGUGUUCAAGUGAUUUCGGUUUUGUUUCGUUUUAUCACUUGCAUUCAAUAUGAAGGUUACAAAUUUCAUUCAAUUGAGCGUCGUUGUUUUGUGUUUGGUGCACAGUUCACGCGGUCAAGAUACAUUGUUGGAUACAUUCAACGAUAUUUACUCAACAUGUUUGGUGAAUUUGAAUACGGAUUGCAUUCAACCAAAAGCAUUGGAAUGGUUCAACAAAGUGAUUGAAAAACGUGAAAUUCACAUCACCAACGAUUUGAGCAUCUUGAAAAAUGAUUCGGUUAGCGUUGCUGAUGAGCCAGAAACACAAGAAGAAGGUGCACGCAGCAAUGAAGUCAAUUUGGUCAGCAAAGUUGAUCAAUUUUUGUCAACACAUUACCUCAAUAUCCGUUAUCCAAAGGCAGUCAUCAAUGAAAAUGUGCCAUCAUUCAUGGUGUCAACAUUGAACCACAUGAUCCCAGACAGUUUGAACAUUCCAUUGGAAGAAGGAAACCCAAAUGAAGGUCGAGGUCUCGUUAAGAAAGUUUUGAUCCCAUUUUUGCUCGGUUUGAAAUUCAAAACAACCGUUUUGCUUCCAUUGGCCUUCGCUCUUAUCGCAUUGAAAGCCUGGAAAGCACUCACACUCGGACUCAUCUCUUUGGUCGUUUCAACCGCUGUUGUUGUCUUCAAAUUAGCCAAACCAAAGGUUAUCAACUAUGAAGUUGUACAUUAUCCACACCAUCACCACUAUGAUCACCAUUUGGACCAUCAUUUGGAUGUUCCUCAUCACCAUCACUUGGAACAUUUAGAUGUUCAUCCAGUUCCACAUGCUCACAUCGACCAUUUGGGACCACAUGCUCACAUUGACCAUUUGGGACCACAUGCUCACAUUGACCAUUUGGGACCACAUGCUCAUCUUGACGCACAUUUGGCUGCACACGACAUUGCCUAUCCAGCUCAUUUAUAAGGCAUUAAGUCUGUUAACCAAUAAUUGUAGCGUUCCAGAUGCUGAUCAACUCAACAAAUAUAUUUAAUAUUUAUUUAUUUAAUUUAUUUGUAUGAAUCGAAAAAUCUAUUUAUUAAAAUCAAAAUUAAUUUAUUUCCCAUUUUGAA